GUUUGCGAAGUUUUCUUGGAGUCCUUUUUUCCUUGCAUGACGAAAAACAACAGAAAUGAUCAUCAUUCACAUCAGCCUCUUCUGGAUGAUUUUUUUGUAUAACAUGAUAGAUCAUAAAUAAGUAGAUGAAGACAGAGCACAAGACCGUGCGUCAUUUUACAUUUUUCCUUUUCGUAUUCGAAGAUCACGGUCACACUGGGAUGAAAUACAAAAUGUUGGCUGAUGCACUUGCAGGAGCUGAUCUUCCACUUCUAUUUUUCAUGUUUGCUUCUUCAAGCGAUUCGAGCCGGAUUCAUCUUCCCGAUCCUGCAGUGAGUCUCACGCUCACCAUGAAAAAAUACUAGUAAUACAACGAAAUAAAGGAAUAUUCGGUGGGUUCGGUAAACAAGUGAAAAGAUUUUGGUGCUAGCGUAAGGGUAAGCCAAACACAAGAAAUAGUAAAUGGCAUGAAGAUUACCAACGACGAGCAAACUACAUAAGAAAUACAAAUAGAACAAAAAGGCUAGAAGUUCUGUGGUGUCGGAGCCUCGACGAACAGGCUAAGAACCGUUGUUCCAAGAACAUCAUAGAUGCCCGCCACCGCCGCCCCUACGGCCGCACUUUCUAAGCAGGACAACACGAUGCCGGGUUUCCAGAGAGUGGUGAUUGGGUCGGACCAUGGCGGGUUCGGAAUGAAGGAGCUUCUGAGAGAGCACAUCAACGCCAGGACAAAUGGGUCUGUAGAGGUCAAGGAUGUGGGGUGCUACUCAGAAGACCGAUGUGACUACCCGGACGUUGCGCAGCAGGUGCACGUAUAUGAGUUUUCUGUCAUCAGUACUACUGAGACCAUAACUCAGCACCAGCGUCAGUUUAUUAUGGAAGAAGUAGUAACCAGAUAUUCAUCUCUGACGUGAUAGUUUUUUCCUCGUUCUCGAGCUUGAUGAACGUCGUGCAUCUUGCUCACGGUGUCGCGUAACUGCACCGAGACACGACCAAAGUGAAAAAUAAAAGGAUAUCUUCCAUAACGCUUUUAGGUUGCAAAAGAGUGCUCCGUUACCGGCUCCUCUGGCGGCACCCUGGCGGUAUUUGUCUGCGGCUCAGGUAUAGGCAUUUCAAUCGCAGCGAAUAAGGUUAUGGGCCAGGAUUGUUGCCUAGUUCACGAUGUAACUACUGCAAAAUACGCGCGUGAAAAGAUGAACACGAAGGCAAUUGCUCUCGGAGGCCGGACCACGGGAAACGACGUUGCGAAGGCAAUAAUGGACGUUUUUUUGGCGUCGUGACUACCUCUUAGUAGGUUGUGAUCGCGCAGCGACAACACAAAUAAAAUAAAUAUGGACUUGAACAAGAAUCCUUCCUGGCAGUCAAUAAAAGUAUGCGACUUCUUGUAGCCCGUCUGUCUCUGAAGAUGUCUUCAGGGAAUCGGAAAUGCAU